AUGAGUUCCGACAAGAGUUGGCUCGAGAUGCUCAAAGCCAAAGACAUCACCGAAAAAAUCGGGACUUUCCUCUUCAACCUAGCCUGGUCCAAGGGGACACGCUUGUGGAACGUCGAGGAGGAGGCCGAGAAGCUGCGGCGCACGGAGAAGCGCAUCCGCGCGCUGCUAACGGACGCCGAGCAGCGCCGCUACAUCGACGACGAAUCCGUCAAGCUCUGGCUCCUGGAGCUCAAGGCCGUCGCCUACGACGCCGAGACCCUGCUCGACCGCCUCACCACCUUCACCGCCGUGGCCAAACUGGACAGCACGGAGCCGUCUCGGAAGCGGAAGCGCUCCUGGCUUCCCGUGCAGCUCGGCCCCCGGCAGCGGUGGGGGCUGGACGCGAAGAUCGCUGAAAUCAACGAACGGCUCGACGAGAUCGCUAGGGGCCGCAGGAGGUUCAGGUUCCAGCAAGGGGAUGCGGCGAGGAGGGCGCAGCCAGGACAGCGGCCGCGCUUUCUUGAAGUUGCGACUUGCCCUGACGAGAGCUCCCAGUCUCAGAUCAUCGGUCGUGGCAAGGAGAAGGAGGAGGUUGUACAAGCACUUUUGUCGGAUCACGACAUCUCUCUUCCGGUGAUCUCCAUUUACGGCGCGGCAGGCAUUGGGAAGACGACGUUGGCACGCUGGGUGUACCAUGAUGAUAAGGUACAGGACCUUUUUCCAACUAAAAUCUGGGUAUGUUUGUCUGACAAAUGUGGUGUGACAAAGGCUACAAAGAUGAUCAUGGAAGCUGUCACCAAAGUAAAAUGUGAUGCAUUGAGCUUGGACAUAUUGCAGCAGCAGCUUCGUGAGCACCUGAGCACUACCAAGUUUCUACUGGUGAUCGAUAAUCUCUGGGCUGAGGAUUAUAACUUCUGGGAGUUACUGCGGUGCCCACUGCUUGCUGGGGAGAAGGGAAGCAAGGUCUUAAUAACAACUCGGAAUGAAAGAGUUUGGAGGAGGACGUCUACAAUCCACCCUUUACAUUUGAAGGGCUUGAGCCUUGAAGAAUGCUGGCUUCUCCUUAAAAAGUAUGCAUUAUUGAAUGGGCAAGGUAUGGAGAAUGAUUCCUUGUCAACAAUUGGGAGGAUGAUUGCAAGGGACUGUCAAGGUUCCCCAUUGGCAGCCAAAUCACUUGGGAUGCUUUUGUCUGAAACUAAUGGAGAGGAAGAAGAAUGGCUCAAUAUAUCAAAUCAAAUGAGGAUUCUUAAUGAAGACCAAAACAAUAUCUUGCCAAGUUUGCAGAUAAGCUAUCAUCACUUGCCAUAUCAUCUGAAGCAGAUGUUUGCCCUUUGUUGCUUGUUUCCUAUUUGGCAUGAAUUUGAGAAGGAUGAGGUGAUUAGGUUGUGGAUUGCAGAAGGCCUGAUUCAAUGCAAUGGUAGGAGGCGUUUGGAGGCAGAAGGAGGAAGAUUUUUUGACGAGCUUCUGUGGAGAUCAUUCUUUGUAUCCUCUGACAGUUCCACAAAUCAAAGAUACAGAGUGCCAAGUCUCAUGAAUGAGCUUGCGUUACUUGUUUCAAAAUCUGAAUUUUUGUGUAUCGAGCCUGGUAACUUGCAGGCUGACAUAAACGCUGACCUGGUCCGAUAUGCAUCUAUCCUUUGUCAAAAGGAUGAAUCCCCUGAACUGAGUAUGCUCUACAUCUAUGAAAAUAUAAGAAUAUUGAGACUGUCUACUCAAGUAAGGAUUCCUCUGAAAUGUGUUCCCUCAGAUCUUUUCCUCAAGCUAAGGUGUUUGCGGACACUGGAUAUUAGUAACAGUCAACUAGAGGAGUUGCCAGAUUCGGUUGGAUGCUUGACACACCUUAGAUACAUUGGCCUUCGCAAAACACUUAUUAAAAGGCUUCCUGAAUCUAUUAGCGCCUUGUUCAACUUGCAGACACUAGAUCUCAGGGAAUGCUACCGCCUUACUGAGUUACCUGAAGGGCUGAGCCGGUUAGUUAACUUACGUCACCUUGACUUGCACCUUGAAUGGGAUAGAGUGGUACCAAUAGCAAUGCCAAGAGGGAUCGACAAGUUAACUUCCCUUCAAACACUUUCCAGAUUUACUGUAAUUGCUGAUGGUGAGGCCUACUGCAACAUGAAGGAAUUAAAGAACAUCAACAUACGUGGGGAACUUUGCCUGCUGAAAUUGGAAUAUGCCACCCAUGAGAAUGUCAAGGAAUCCAAUUUGAGUGGAAAACAAUAUGUUGAAAAUCUGAUGCUGCAGUGGAGUUACAACAAUAGUCAAGCAGUAGACGAAGAAAGCACACGGGUUAUAGAAUCACUCCGUCCUCAUUCUAAGCUGAGGAGCCUCCGGAUUGAUAGGUACCCUGGGAAAAAUUUUCCAGGAUGGAUGGGGGAAAGUUCUUUCACCUAUCUUGAAGAUCUGUGGAUUUGCAACUGCAAAAAUUCUCAGCUUCUUCCAUCUGUUGGCGAACUGCCAAAUCUCAAAAAAUUGCAUCUUGAAGGCAUGCAUAGCCUGCAAAGCAUGGGUGCUCUUUUGGGUUUUCCGUCGCUAGAGGUUUUGACUUUAUGGGACAUGCCUAAUCUUCAAACAUGGUGUGAAUCGGAGGAAGCAGAAUUUCCUAAGCUCAAGGAACUUCAUAUAAGCCAUUGCCCAAGAUUGCAGGCUAUGACAAAUCUUCCUCCUGAGCUUUCUAAGCUGGAGAUAAAUAACUGUGGCACACUGUGUUCUCUCCCUGUGCUUCAACAUCUUCGUGAUCUGGUUGUUCAUAGAGGCAGUGAUCAACUAAUCGUAUGGAUCAGCCGGCUCAUAUCUCUGACUUCACUAACGCUGAUGCACUUUCUAGAAACUACGGAUAUACAGCAGUUACAGCACUUGAGUGCGUUGAAGAGAUUGAAGAUUGGAGGUUUCAAACAGCUUUUGUCAGUGACUGGUAAUAGCAGCAUGGAGGCGCUCUCUUCCCUUGAGUUCCUUGAGAUAUCAUCCUGCACAGAUCUCCAGCAAUUUUCUGUUGUGAGCUUGCAAUCACUCAAGGAUUUCAAGCUUCGCCAUUGCACCAAGCUGGAAGCUCUUCCGACAGGUUUCUGCAACUUGGGAUCUCUUAGACGUAUUGAAAUUCAUGACAUUCCUAACCUGAGAAUAGACGCUGGUGAUUUGGUAUUGCCUGAUAGUGUCUCCUGUCUGACACUAGCUGGAUGUCCGGCUCUGGAGGAUUGGUGCAAGAACGCAGGCGCCCAGAGAGUAAAUGCAAUUCCUAAUGUGAAGAUUGGGUUCUAA